CGUACACUGUAUUGUAGAAAAAUGUUGACAAAUACAGAAACCGGAGAGCUUUUGAAGGAAGGGGAUACUAUAAAACUGCCAAAACUGGGAGCAACUUUCGAAAAAAUAGCAGCGGACCCGUACGCAUAUUACAAUGGAUCCCUAGCAGACGACAUUGCAGCAGAUAUUGCCGAUGGCGCUGGUAUCGUUACUAAGGACGACUUGCAGAGAUAUACCGCGGCUGUCAAAGAGCCUAUGAAGAUCGAUUUGGCUGGUGGGGACUAUAAGGUGUUGUCCCCUCCACCGCCAUCCAGUGGGGCUGUCACACUACUGAUACUUAAUAUACUUAACGGAUUCAAUAUGAGCGCAGACAGUGUAUCUACUGGAGAGAAGGCAGUGGAAACGUACCAUAGAAUUACUGAAGCAUUUAAGCACGGGUUUUCCGUGCGUACAAAUCUAGGAGAUAUUGAUCAAGAAGAUCAGGCAUCCAAGGACAAAAUUAACGAGCUUCUACAGAAUAUGACGUCAUUAUCUUGGGGCGAAAUGAAGAGAUCAAAAAUCACACGGAAUACUCAUGAAACGGAUUAUUACGAACCGACAUACAGUUUAACAAUUCCUAAUGCAGGAACCACCCACAUAUCUGUACUAGGACCAAAAGGAGAUGCUGUGUCAAUAACUAGUACAAUAAAUCUCCAUUUUGGGUCAAAGGUUGUUGGGACGCGCACUGGCAUUGUGUUUAAUAACGAUAUGGAUGAUUUUUCUACUCCAAAUACAACCAAUUAUUUUGGAGUUCCAGCGUCUCCCGCCAAUUUCAUCAAACCAUACAAACGCCCUCUAUCGUCAAUGUCUCCCACUAUUGUAUUGGACAAAGAUGGUGACGUAAAACUCGUUACAGGAGCAACUGGAGGAACAAGGAUUAUAACUUCAACGGCAUUGAGCAUCAUACAGACUCUUAUGUUGAAGUUAGGUCUGAAGGAGUCUACAGAAUUUCCCAGAAUCCAUCAUCAGCUACUUCCGCCAGAUUUAAGAAUUGAAGAAGCCAUGCCCCAGGUUAUUUUUGAUGGUCUGAAAGCACGUGGACACACCUUUGACGUUAGAGAGAAGCUCGGAUCUUCAGUACAAGCUGUCCUCACGAUGAACAAACAAGAAAGCAAUGUCCAAAAUGCGCUAGAUAGAAAACAUACAGGGAUUUUUUCUUUCAGUGACCCAAUUAGAGAUGGGAUAGCUGACGGCGUAUAAAUAUUAAAAAGAAUGGGAAAUGUAUUUGAUAAUAUUUUGAUACGGGCUGGCUUAAGAUGAUUAUGAGCCAUUUGGAACUUGAUGAUAACAUUUAUAUAUCAACGAUGUACUUGUCAAUAUGGUUUUACCUGACAGAUAGAUGUUUUCAAUUGCAGCAGACCUCUACAAAUGUUUUCAUACCAGAUUAAUGCGUUUGUGUCAAGCAACAAUUUAUUCAUAUUGGGUUCAUGGAUGGGGACAUUUAGUAAAAGUUCAUUAGUGUACAGGGACUCUAUCCCACAGUUUUUAAUUAUCUCACUUUUUUUAUUAAAUUUUACUCAUAAGUAAGAAAAAAGUAAAAACACAAAAAUUGCAAGAGGAACGAGAGGGAUUUUGUUGAAAUUCCAAACAAAAACAGAGGUCAUAGUGACAAAGUUCAGUGUAUAAGAACCAUAAACUACCUUGUUUAUCUUUUAAGUAUCACCCUUACUACGUUUGAACUGAUAGUCCUAUUUCUCUUGGCAUAAAGAAAACUCAAGAAAUGUUCGAGGGGUUUAUGUCAUAUUUCACAUAAUGACAGAGAACAUUUUGGGGGAAGUACACUGUCCAAGCACCAUACACUUGAGUCGCCCAGUUUUUGAAUUUUAUCAGUUUAUUCAUUAAGCUUGAACGGACUAGUAUCUAAAACCUUUUCAAGGGGUUAGGUUGGUAUGGCGCCCAAUGGUUAAAAUGCAAAAUACAGGGACUUUUUUCUGUCUUCAGCACAAUAUGACCUCUUUAUAGGUUCUUUGGUCCAUCAUGCAUCUUGUUGAUAAUGAACUUCGUUAUACCGACCAUAUGUUUUCAACCUCAAAAGGCUAUAAGGCAUUAUUAAUGUAUUGAAAAAUCGUUUGAUUCGACCGGAUCUUUUUAGAGUUAAUGUUAUAGUUAAAUAUGUAUUUCUAUUUCAAAUUAUUUCAGACCCAAUUUGAAUUACAUGAUUAUAGGCCUUGCGCGUCUCGUUUGUCCCUUGCGCGUCUUUGUAUCGUACAUUCUCGUCGUAUUAUUGCCAGUAUACAAGGUGAAGAGCAAAACAACGAUUGCGUUAACAUGGAAAACAAACAAAUAAACAGUUGCUCUUUAAUUUUUUAUGACAGUCCAUGUGUAUUGCUCUCAGUCUAUAAAGAGCUGAUAUUCGUCUCUUGACUGAGUAUCUUUUAAGCAAAAUUGAUUUUUAUGGUGGCAUAUUUCUGUCACGAGAUAGCCAGGUAGCUAUCACAACAAUAAUGUAAUCUUUCCAGGAUAUAUAUGUACUUUUUUCUGAAAAUACUUCAUCAAAAUAAAUAAUAUUUUAUAGAUAUUUUACUUAUUUCCUGAAAAUGUUUUAGAACCUGCCACGAGAAGCUUUGUAGCUAUUACGAUAAUACUUCUAACCUUUUAGCAAUGUUGUUCAUUUUUUCUUAUUUUUGCUAGAUAUGCUUUUUAUUUUAUGAACAUUCAGGCUAUUAAGAUAAACUUUUCAGAAAGUUUCUAAAUAUCAAGAUACUUCCAGAAAGUAUCCAAAUAGCUAUCUUGCUAAUAAUUGGCAGUUGUGGGCACUUACGUAAAACAUAUCGAGAUAAUAUGGUAAAUCACUGAAAUAAUAUUUCCAGGAAAGUUUUGACUGUUGCCAUGAUCUUUUCAAAAAACUUCGCUUUAUCACGAUAAUUACAUUAGCUACCUAAUUAUCUCAUGGCUGAAAUAUGCCACAUCUUUUUUAUAUUUGUUUAUUUUUUGUAUUAUUUUAUUUUUAUAUAUGUACUUACUUUUAUGCAUUUACUGAAACGUUGAACGCAUUGUUUUAUUACACUGAAACAUAUUCCAGAUUGUUUUAUUACACUGAAACAUAUUCCAGAUUGUUUUAUUACAUUGAAACAUAUUCCAGAUUGUUUUAUUACAUUGAAACAUAUUCCAGAUAUUAAGCAGCAAAUUUUACACUGUGUAUAUAAAAUUUAGAACUUAAAGCUACUAGUAUCUUAGUAUUGUUU